CAGUGCUUGUCAACUGAAGAUGCAACGAAAAGUUUACACAUCGCUGGUUUGCUUAGUAGUAGCGAUCAUGAUUGUACGUGUUGUUGUUGAAUGUUGAUGUGUAAAUAUUAAUGCAAGGGAAGUAGUUGUUGUUUUGGCUGAUAAAUGUAAAGAGAUUAAUUGGCAAAGCUGACGGAGGGAAAUAUGGCCCCAGUUCCUCUGGAGGGCCAUCAGACCCCUGUGGCCAACAAUGUGCCCCAGGAAGCAUCCCGAGGGGGCUCCAUAUCCUUGGGAAUCCUUAUCGAUUUCAUCAUACAGAGGACUUACCAUGAGCUCACAGUUUUGGCUGAGCUCUUACCCCGUAAGACUGACAUGGAGAGGAAGAUAGAGAUUUAUAAUUUUUCUGCCAGAACUCGUCAGCUAUUUGUGAGGCUGCUGGCACUUGUGAAAUGGGCAAACAGUGCCUCAAAAGUUGACAAAUCAGCUCAAAUAAUGGCAUUCCUGGACAAGCAGUCUAUGUUGUUUGUGGACACUGCCGAUAUGUUGGCUCGAAUGGCUAGGGAGACUCUGGUGCACGCUCGCUUGCCCAACUUCCAUAUUCCUGCUGCAGUUGAGGUGCUUACAACUGGGACCUAUUCUCGAUUGCCUGCUGUUAUAAGAGAGAGAAUUGUUCCUCCAGACCCAAUAACACCAGCAGAACGCCGUGCAACCCUUUUGCGACUCAACCAAGUUAUCCAGCACCGGUUAGUUACUGGAAAUCUGCCAACUCGGAUGAGAAAUCUCAAGAUUGAGAGUGGCCGUGUUACUUUCACUGUGGAGCACGAGUUUGAAGUAUCACUAACUGUGAUGGGUGAUGGCCCCAAUAUUCCAUGGCGACUGUUGGACAUUGAUAUAUUGGUAGAAGAUAAAGAGACUGGAGAGGGAAAGGCACUAGUUCAUUCAUUACAAAUACAAUAUAUCCAUCAGUUAAUACAGUCAAGACUUGUGGAUAAUCCACAACCAUUGCAUGAAGUGUACAAUUGUUUGCAUCAUUUCUGCCAAAGCCUUCAAUUGGAGGUGCUGUAUUCUCAGACCCUGAGAUUGUGCCGUGAUCGUUUAGAUGAUCAUAUUCAUGUUGAUGAGUACACACCUGGAAAGUGCUUAUCCAUUUCCUAUUGGAGGGAACUGACAUGCAAAGAUCCUCGAUCAGAGCUCGGCUACCGUCUAACAGUACAGGUCGAUACACACGAUCCAGCUAGACCUCUCACUGUAGUGCACCUUCCAUCUCUGGGAAACAAGGAAUAUGAGAUAGCUGAUAGAGCAAUCAGAUCGGAUCUGCUUUCCAUGGAGAGAUUAUUGGUACAUACAAUAUAUGUAAGGACACGCAGUAGGCUGUCUGAGCUUAAGCAGGAGUUACAGACCAUGUUGAAGGAUGUGGAAUGUCCCUUGCAAGGAUCGCCAGCUAUAUUGGCUGUACCUGUGCUGUCUCCGUGUCUUCGAGCUGAGCAGUUGUUGGUGACUGUGGACACACACACAGGAAUGUUACAAUGCCAUGUCCCACAGCAUGAUGCUCCCCUUGUGCCUGAGCUCCAAACUGCACUGAACAAUGACCAUGCACGGCUGCCUGCUCUCAUCUCAGAACUAAGGUUUUGGAUCACUCAACGACGAUGUGAAAAGACAUUGCAACAUCUCCCAGCCACUCCAUAUGAGCGCUUGCCAUUAUUGCAUCAUCCAGAUCAUCCAAUGACUAAAAUAGGAAGGCACCGAAUGUAUGUCAAGCUCCAUCGGCAUCCAAAUGUUAUUCUCGUUGUAGCUUUCAAAGAAAAGGAAAAUUGCCCCUGUGAAAUUGAUUGUUCUUUCUACCUUGCUGUUGUGAAACACGCAUCAAUUGAGGAUGAUCCCCAUGAUGAUACCAUUGAGACUGAGCUCCCUAAGAUGUACCUGAAAGUUCUUACCCUUAUUGAAUUUGAUACCUUUGUGAUAACUCAUGGACCUUUUACAAGUGUUGACGAUCAGAGUGAGAAAAAACGGAAAGCACAGACUGGAAGAAAUGAAACAACUCCUCGACGACCAAAACACCCUGCAUAUUUCAUACCUGAACUUGCACAUGUGGUAGCAUUAUGCGAUGAGAGAAUUCCAUUUGUCACACUUGCACAGGAGCUUUCCCGCAGAGAAAUAGCACACCAGGGGCUUCAGGUGGAAGCAAAUGCUACAGCCCUUGUACUGCGUUUAGUGCAGCUUCCUCCCCCAAUUGGCCCUACUGUCCAUCCUUCAUCAUGGCAGGCUCUUCUCAAAAGGCUGCUUUCAGUAGCCAUUCGUGUACAGGGAAAAGCCACGAAGAGCUGGAUGGCUGAAUUUGUGUUCUAUGGAAGUCCUCUUGCUAGCUUGCACCCGAAGGAACAAGGUUUGAGGAGACCAGUAUAUUUUCAAUAUGACAUGGGAACAGCAGACGCAGUUCGGCAGACUGUUGAUUCUCUGCUUAAUGAUUGGGCUCAGAUAGUGCAUUUAUAUUCUGUUGUUGAAGACCUUGCAGAAUAUUUUCGUAUUGAAAAAUACAAUCUCUCCAACAUCGUGAGCAUCAAGUCAUACAGCUACAGCAGACUUGUUUUGGGAUAUGGUCCUGACAGAAGUGCCACAGUCACAGUCCACUGGAACAGUUCUGAUAAAGCUUUCAAGCUAGUUUUUGGAGCUGCUAACAAUUGUGUGAAUGCACAUUCUCUGAUGAGAGAGCAACUGGAAGCCCACUUAAAUCGUCACCGUAACUUGGCCCAAAUUGUACACAUCCUGCAUGAGACUUAUGAACCUCUCAUCUCCAUCAGCAAAUUACCCACUCUGCCACAGCUGGGAGUCCGAAAUUCGCGACCACAGGUUCCAGUACAAACAUUUACGAUAAUCCCUCAGUCAUCAACAAUGUUACGCCUCUCAUACCAGGGCAUGUACUGCCUCGAGGUAAAGAUGCGUGGCGGUGGCCUGGUUAGCCUUAGGGAUGGUGCAUACAGUCGAUUUGAUCGCAGCACUGUUGUGGAGGAGUUCACACCAACACAAGGCCUCAAGGCAUUCCUGUCAAAAUAUGUUGACGAGACAGCAGUAUUUAGGAGGAGAUCACAGUCUGAGGAUGACAAUCCACCAUCUCCAGUGACGAUGGAUUCGGAAGGAGGUGGUGGGAUGUCAUUUCUGAGCUCCCACCAUCGCGGACCUCAGUCACCAGCACAGCAGCGAGAGGCAGGCCUCCGGUUCCAUCCUCCUCUCACUCCACCAUCUGGAAGCAACCCACAUACUCCAGCCAGUCCUCACCCAGCCAUAUCACAGGCAAGUCAGCAUCAGAGUUUCGGCUCAAGCCCGGCAACAUCAUUCAACUUAGCAUCACCUCCAUCAAUGCCACCUAACAUCAAUCCUUCACCUUCGAUGAUGCCUCAUGCUUCACCAGGAGGACUACUCGCUAAUUCUCCAUCGAAUCCUUUGCACGUUCCAAGCCCAGCGGGCCUCAUGCCGACAUCUUCACCUGGUCCGUGUAGCUCAGUGCAGGUGGGGCAUUCGCCUGCUGGGUCCUUCAUGGGACAAACAGGUCAUACAGAUGGGAGCCCAUUUCCUUCGCAAAGUACAGCGUCCCCCGCAGCGUCGAAUUGGCCUGGGUCACCCAGCAUGCCCCGCCCUUCGCCAGCGAGACCUGGCCAGUCACCUGGUGGACACCCAGCACUGCACAGUCCUCAAGGAGACCUCAAAGCAGGUGGAUGUCAUUUGUCACGUGUACUUCCACAACGAAGCUGGGCUGGCGCUGUACCAACUCUCCUCACCCAUGAGGCACUGCAUUUGCUCUGCACAUCUACUCCACAUCCUGUUGGUUUACCUAGUCCGGACAUGUCGCCACUCGAGCGGUUCCUCGGUUGUGUUUUCAUGCGAAGGCAACUGCAGCGGACUGUGCAGAGUGAAGACUGUUUAACGGUUGUCCCCACAAAUGAGCCAGGAGUUGUACACUUCAAAGUGGACAGUUUGCAGUGUCGAGUGUGGUUGAAUCCACAGUUUAUGCAGUCCCUUCACCUUAAGGUUACACCACUGCCUGACCACAAAGACCAGUGGUCUGCAGAGGAAAUGCAGGUUAUAGAGAAGUUCUUUGAUACAAGGGUUGCAGCACCUCCAUACAAACCUAACUCACUCUCAGGGUUUGGUCGCAUGUUGAAUGUACCUUUAAAUGUUCUGAAAGACUUUGUACAAAUAAUGAGGUUAGAACUGAUGCCCAGUCUGAUUCAGCAACAGCAGUUCAAAUGGGCCGUGCAGUGGUGCUUACGAAUUCCACCUUCUGCUACUAACAUUGUACCUGUUGGACAACCUGGUGUUCUUGUGUGCCGGAAUAAAAUAUUGUUCUUUCUACAGAUUAUACGUGUGGGGGUGUACCCACCAGGAAUGGAGCCACCGUCACUGGUUCUGCCUCUUGUGUAUGAUGUAACUACAAAUGUCACACAAGUAGCAGAGAAAAGAGAUCCUGGUCCAGCCACUGCACUUACAGCUGCAAACCAUCAAUUGAAGAGAUUUGCAGAAUUUGGAGCCAGCCAAGGAGAAUGUUCACUAUUCCCUGCAGUUCGAGACUUGUUAGCAAGUCUUGUGCUACCCUCAGAACCUCCAUCACAGGUUGUCUCACCAGCUUCAACAAUGCAGGCAUCCCCCGCCAUGCAGAUGCAUUCGCCAAUGACAGGUGGAGUGGUAGGAAUGCCACCUCAACCACCCCCACAGCCACCGCAGCUGCAGUAUCCUGUUGGUAUGCCCAUGGGUCAGCAUCCAAUGAUGGGACCACAAUAAUGUACAAAUGUUAUUUAAUGUACAAAUCUAUAUUUAUUACAACACGCUGAAAUGAAGUAUUAUAAGGACAUAGAAGUACAAUAGUCACCUACCUGAGAGAGGAGAAGGCCAAAGAAAAGGUUGACAGUGGUAUGCGAGUCAGUUUGACUGGCAAGCCUGCAGGCACUUCAGUGCCUCCAAAUUCUGAAGGAAUUCGAGAAAGCGUUUUGGUCAGUGCAAUCCUCUUUUCAUGUGACUGGUAAAUGUACCUCGAUAUUUGUAAUAAAUCUAUAUUUAUAUAUUUCUUGGCACUGUUCGUUUAACAAAAGACUUUCCUUGAAGUUUUAUUUUACAAAAUGUAAUCUUUUAUUAAAAACUGUUGCGAAUCCAUGAGAAUAUAUAUUUAACGCAGUACAGUUUUAUAUGAGCAGAAGAAAGAAAAAGUUAAAUCAUUGUUUCUUCUCUUGCAGAAGAUUGUAAAUAUUAUACCUGUAAUAAAUAUAAUUUGAAGUUUUAUUCACAUAGA